AUGCAGUCUGUAGUAGAAGCUAACAACAAAUUCACCUUGGAUCUUUAUCAAGUUCUCCAGAAAGAUGACAAGUUCACGGAUAAAAACCUUUUUUAUUCCCCAAGUAGUAUAAGUAUUGCUUUGGCCAUGACGUCCAUGGGAGCCAGAGGAGACACAGCCAAACAACUGUCAGAAGCUCUCCACUGGGAAGCUAUGACAAGCGAUCAACUGCACGAUCAGCAGCGACAUUUUCUCGAUGCAUUACAAGAUUCGAACGCUGAGGGGAACGAAUUAUUAGCCGCCAAUCGACUUUUUGUGCAAAAAAGUUUAACCAUCGAGCAAGAGUUCCUUGAGGGAACAAAAAGAUUCUAUAAUGCAGAAACGGCUUUGACCGAUUACCAGAAGGAUCCAGAGGGAGCUAGGAAAGAGGUGAAUGACUGGGUGGAGAGGAAAACAAAAGAGAAUAUUAAGAAUUUAAUUCCUGAGGGGGUGUUUAACUCAAGCACUAAAUUGACUCUGGUGAAUGCCAUAUAUUUCAAGGGAAUUUGGCAAAAUGAGUUUAAUCGAAGAGCCACUCGUUCAAAAGAUUUUUUUGUUUCUAAAAAAGAAAAGGUAAAAGUGAAAAUGAUGAAGCUGAAGACAAAAUUCAAGCACAUUGCAAAUGGUGCAGAGCUUGGCUGUCAAUUGCUGGAGUUGCCCUACCAAGGUGAGGAUCUCUCGAUGUUGAUUCUGCUACCCCAAGACAAGUAUGGGUUGGCCAGUGUAGAGGCCAGUCUCACCCAUGACAAGUUACAAAAGGCUAUUGCACUAACACAAGAACAACCCCCAGGCAGAGUGAAAGUGUACUUGCCAAGAUUCAAGAUGACACAGGAAUUCCAGCUGAAGAAGCCCCUAGCGAAAAUGGGUGUAACAGAUAUGUUUAACGCCAAAGCUGACUUUACAGGGAUUUCACCUGGUCUGUUUGUGUCCCAUGUCAUUCACAAGGCAUUUGUGGAGGUCAACGAGAAAGGUACAGAAGCUGCAGCAGCAACAGCCGUGGUAAUGUCGCGGUCUAAAUCGCCAUCUGGGGGUUCGGCAAAGAUUCCCGUCUUUUGCGCUGAUCACCCCUUCCUGUUCUUGCUCUGUCAUAAAAAGUCAGGUGGCAUUUUGUUCAUGGGUAGAAUGAUGAAGCCUGAGCCAUUAGACUGA